AUGAACACUUCGGUAUUUCAAGACGCUUAUUUAAGACGCAUCGAAACGAUUAUACAACCAGAGGAAAUAAAUAUUCUUGUUGCAAAUGCUUUGAGAUUUAUUGUACAAAAUGUAUUUGCCAAAAUGUCGAAUACUUUUGUCAUUACCAUAUCAUCCGCUGAAGGACCAGUCGAAUUUUGGCUGAAUGAUUUAAUGAGUAAAUUAUUUAUUAGUUGGAGUUUUAUGGCAUUACAACUAGUAGUUCUGGAUGAGAAAACCGAACGUUUGGAAGUUCCCGGAAAACGUUAUUGUAAUCUAAUACUAAUUGAUUCCUACAAAAGUUUAGAGAAAGCUAAUAUAGCGACAUACAAUCAAAAUUCCGAUAGUUUGGAAUAUUACUUUAUAUUUCUACAAAUACCUGAUCAUAAAGCUAAAAGUGAAAUGAGAAGAAUUUUUAAAUAUUGUUUCGAUAAUUAUUGGAUUCAUUGCAACAUAAUGUUGCAGAAUUCAGAGGGGGAAAUACUGAUUUAUACAUAUUUUCCUUUUGAGGCAAACAAUUGCUUUCAAACGGAACCCAAACUGAUUAAUCAAUAUAUGGGUGAACGUUUUGUUAAUGUUGGAAUGUUUCCAGAUAAAUUAAAGAAUUUACAUAAGUGCCCCUUGAAAUUAAGCACCUGGGAGACGGAACCAUUUGUUAUAAAAGCACCAAAUACAAAGUUUCCAAAUAUAUCUGUAUCUGGUUUUGAGAUUCUUACAAUGAUUGCCAUUAGUCAAAAAAUGAAUUUCACCCUGGACAUUGAUUGGAUUUCAACUGAUACUUAUUAUGAAUCAUCAGAGUCUGGUCCAUUGUCAAAGCUUAAGAACCUUGAAACAAACAUUACUAUGGGUUACUUUCGACGUACAGCUGAUCGAGAUAAAAUUGCCACGCCCACCUAUGUCACCUAUUAUAUACCGAUUGCCGCUAUAAUAAUGCGCAAACAAGUUCAACACAUAUCUAUAGGAAUUUUUACAUUUGCUUUCGAUAAAAUGACGUGGAUUUUAAUGAUCAUAUUUUAUGGCAUCAUAGGAGUAAUUCAUAGUGUUAGAAGUAAAAGGGGAACUUUUCAAAUAUUUGAAAUAUUCAUAGGUAUGCCAGCUGCAAAGCUACCUAGGAAAGCAUCGAAAAGAAUACGUAUUGCCACAAUUUUAUUAAGUUCUUUUAUACUACGUUCCAUAUAUCAGUCGUUGCUGUUCUUUCUAUUUCGCACCAAUUUCUAUCAACCAUCACCGAUUAGUUUAAAUGCUUUAGUGGAUGCUGGUUAUAAGGCUGUAUCUACUGAAUUGACAAAAGAAUUUUUACUGUAUGUACCAGAAAUUGAAGAUAAAUCCUUGCCAUUGAUAACACUCAAUACCACAGAUGAAAUGUAUCCCUUGGGUUAUGUGGAUUACUUUCGUAAUGAAAGUUACGUGGCCAUGUCUAUUAUUGAAUUCACCAUACGUUAUGUACGAGAAUACAUGGCCGUUGGGGAGGCCCUUCGUAUUUUACCCAUUAAUGUCAAGGAUCAACAAAUCGGUUUUUACUUAACAAAACAUUCGUAUUUAAGUCGUCAUUUUGACUAUUAUAUUUUGCAUUUUCAUCAAGCUGGCCUCUUGAAUAAGUGGAGAGAAUGGACAAAUGUCUAUUAUCAAGUUACUACGAAACGCUCUACUAGCGUCUAUAGUGGAGAAUUAAUGAUAAGUCUGAAACAUUUGGCGGGAAAACCUGUUUGUUUUGCCUAA